AGUUUCAGACUUAAAACUCCCUUGGCUGAUUGUGGGGCGGUAGAAUUCCAGAAUGCUCCUGAGUCCAUCUGUUGGUGGCUGGACGCUUUGCCAAAACCUGCGUUUUUCUUUCCCCCCCUCUUCAUUUUAGUUCCUAGCGGCUGUUGAUGAAGAUGUCCAACAAUGGCCUAGAAGCAGAAGACAAGCCGCCGGCUCCCCCGAUGAGAAACACCAGCACCAUGAUCGGGGCCGGAAGCAAAGACGUGGGCAGCUUAAACCAUGGCUCGAAACCUUUGCCGCCCAAUCCAGAAGAGAAGAAAAAGAGAGACCGCUUCUAUCGUUCGAUCUUGCCAGGAGACAAAACCAACAAAAAGAAGGAGAAAGAACGGCCCGAAAUCUCCCUCCCUUCAGACUUCGAACACACGAUCCAUGUCGGAUUUGAUGCGGUCACAGGCGAAUUCACAGGUAUGCCGGAGCAGUGGGCCCGCCUGCUGCAGACUUCCAACAUCACCAAAUCGGAGCAGAAGAAAAACCCCCAGGCAGUCCUCGAUGUGCUAGAAUUCUACAAUUCCAAAAAGACCUCCAACAGCCAGAAAUACAUGAGCUUCACAGAUAAAUCUGCAGAAGAAUAUACCUCCUCCAACACACUGAAUGUGAAGGCGGUGUCCGAGACCCCCGCUGUGCCCCCGGUUUCGGAAGAUGAAGAUGAUGAGGAUGAUGCUGCACCUCCCCCAGUCAUUGCCCCUCGGCCUGAGCACACGAAAUCCAUUUAUACUCGGUCUGUGAUAGAACCGCUUCCUCCAGGCCCAACCAGGGACGUGUCCACUUCUCCGCUUCCUUCCCCUUCUGAAAACAACACGACACCCCCUGAUACUCUCACGAGGAACACAGAGAAACCGAAGAAAAAACCCAAAAUGACCGACGAAGAGAUCUUGGAAAAAUUAAGAGGUAUAGUAAGCGUGGGCGACCCCAAGAAGAAAUACACAAGUUUUGAGAAGAUUGGACAAGGAGCUUCAGGUACAGUUUACACAGCAAUGGAUGUAGCUACAGGGCAGGAGGUUGCAAUCAAGCAAAUGAACUUGCAGCAGCAGCCGAAGAAAGAACUGAUUAUAAAUGAAAUCCUUGUCAUGAGGGAAAACAAGAACCCCAACAUUGUCAACUAUCUGGACAGUUACCUCGUGGGGGACGAACUGUGGGUUGUCAUGGAGUAUCUGGCAGGCGGGUCGUUGACAGACGUGGUGACGGAGACCUGCAUGGACGAAGGACAGAUCGCGGCUGUGUGCCGGGAGUGUCUACAAGCAUUGGAAUUCCUACAUUCCAACCAGGUCAUCCACCGGGAUAUCAAGAGUGACAACAUCUUGCUUGGAAUGGACGGCUCUGUCAAGCUAACUGAUUUCGGCUUCUGCGCUCAGAUCACUCCUGAGCAGAGCAAGCGCAGCACCAUGGUCGGGACGCCGUACUGGAUGGCUCCGGAGGUGGUGACGCGGAAGGCCUACGGGCCCAAGGUGGACAUCUGGUCCCUGGGGAUCAUGGCGAUUGAAAUGAUCGAGGGCGAGCCUCCGUACCUCAACGAGAAUCCCCUGCGGGCUUUGUAUCUCAUUGCUACCAACGGGACCCCAGAGUUGCAGAAUCCGGAGAAGCUUUCUCCCAUCUUUAGAGACUUCCUUAAUCGCUGCCUAGAGAUGGAUGUGGAGAAGAGAGGAUCCGCAAAAGAACUCCUACAGCACCAGUUCCUGAAAAUUGCCAAGCCCCUGUCCAGCCUCACUCCUCUGAUCAUCGCGGCAAAAGAGGCAGCAAAGAACAACCACUAGAGGGCGCCACGCAGCUGCGCUUUUCGUGCCAAGUCCUCUGGAUUUUAAUAUUUUUAAACGCAACCAAGACGACGUCAAAAAAACUCAGCUCCUAGGACUUUUUACCAUGCUCAGAGGACUUUUAAUCCUGCAAGGUCGGGAUCGUCCAAGCAAUUUGCUUUGAAGACUCAACGGGAACAUGUGGCAGGGACAUAGCCCUAGCACUGACGUUCCCACAUGGAAUGGGAGUGGAUAGGUAUGUUUGAAAGGGUCGUUAAGGUAUUUGCCAAGCUGGUGCAUUUUCUUAUCUUUUAAUCUGCUGAUUGAAGAAGGGGGGAAGCACGCGGCACGGAGCCUUUCGGGGCCUGUUUUCCCGAAAGUGUUAAAUUUCUCUCUGCCUGGACUCCCUGUCGUUAAACUACUGAAAGACUGACCCAAUUUGGAUUACUUGAAAGCUCGGACAGGCGAGUGCCGGCUCUGCUUUUAUCAUGUCAGAGGAAGCAGCGUUUCUUCCUCUGAAAGACCAGAUAUUUGGACAGGUGCGCUCACGCUCUGAAGAAGCCUCCAGCCGAGUUAAACCGAGCGCCCUCGUUAAUGAUCUUCAUGGUGUGUGUCCGGUUUGUUGUGUGUGAAAUUACUCGCCCUCUGAUUAAAUUGACAUAGCCGUUUCCGCCCCUU